UCCUCUCUCUGAAUGUCAGUCACUGUGGCUGAAUUGCUGUAGCAAACAUGCUUCUGGGUGUCUGCUUAAGGGUGUGGUUGAUCUGCCUGCUUUUUGGCCCAGGGAAUUGUUUUCCUACAGACCAUGGCAAUGACACAACUUUGAGUUCUGAACCAUCUGCAAAUCCAGACACUUUGUUUACAACCUCUUCUGCUGGAAAUGAGUCUGCCUCCAGCAUUAAAGCUCCUGAAAAGUCUUCUGAUUCCAACUCUACCAGUGGCCCAGGUAUUCUGUUACCAAGAGAUUUCUAUGUUGGCCCUACCUCGCAGCCAGUGGAGAUGUCACAUGGCUUCUCGUCACAGCUGCAAGUGGUUUCCGGUCCUGAAGACUUUUAUCGUUCACCCAGUCCCUGGUUUGGACCUCCUUUAGUGCAUGAGCCUGUUUAUACUGGUUCUGACUCUCAUCUGUACACAUAUGGAGAGGGCUCCAUGAGGUUUCCUUAUUACAGCUACAAUGGUGUCCAUGCAGCAGUUCCUCCCUAUGGCUACACACAUGGAACUUUUGGCUCUCCUCUGUACAGUUAUGCUUAUGGCACAGGUGAACCCUCUGGCCAAGCAUAUGAACGUAAUGUACAUGUAGCUCCUCCACAUGGGGUGAGCUUUCCACCUGCCUAUGGAUACUUUCUAUGGCAGCCUUCAGUGUUGGAACCUGAAAUGGUUCUUAUUGGGAACAUCAUGGUGAAACUCCGUGAAAUGCCACGUGCUCAGCCCUGGAGACCUAGUAAAGUGCCAUCUGGACUGACUGAAAAGCCUCUUGUGUACCAGUCAUCUCUGAUGCAGUCAAAUGGAGGCAAUCACAGAGGAAAAUGCCUCUUCAAUGGUCGGUACUUUAAAGAUGAUUACUUGAGUCCCACUCCUGAACCUGAAACACAGCAACAGGAUGUCACUCAAAGUGGCUAUUAAUUUCUGGAAGCCACUGGUCAGAA